GUCGGAAAUGUACAUCCAGCUUUCCCCCCAUAAUUUGUUUGGGGCCCCCAAGAGAGUGGGGCCCUAAGUGGGCUAUAGCUUGUUUAGCUUAUACGUAAAUCUGGCACUGCUGAGGCAGCUGAUGCCCAGACCAUUUUGGGUUGCUGUUCUCCUCCCUGUCUCUAAUAUGGCAGCCAUUUUGUGUUAAGCCAUACACACAGGGCAGAAAACUUGAGAUGAUGGCUCAUCUACACAUGGAAUGUAUUCCUUGAUGCUGUGGCCAUUAGAGAGGUAAAAUUGCACCAAGGCAAGCUGCACAUAUGAAGAGCAACAUGUAUUGAAAUGGCAGCAUCUCAUAUUUUAGUGUGAGUUGUGACAAACUUGCAAAAAGGUCCACCGCUCCUGUACACAACCCAGUGCUUUUUUCUGGGGAGUACACAGGGGUACGCAUACCCCUAAACAUUUUGUGAAUCUAAGUUUGGCCUCAUUGAGGAGCAGUAUUUCAAUAUGAGUAGGAAAAUGAGAGUACAGUGGUACCUCGGGUUACAGAUGCUUCAAGUUACAUACGCUUCAGGUUACAGACUCCACUAACCCAGAAAUAGUACCUCAGGUUAAGACCUUUGCUUCAGGAUGAGAAUAGAAAUUGUGCUCCAGCGGCAUGGCGGCAGCGGAAGGCCUCAUUAGCUAAAGUGGUACCUCAGUUAAGAACAGUUUCAGGUUAAGAGCGGACCUCCAGAACGAGGUAAAUUCUUAACCCGAGGUAAACUUUUUAAAAAAAGAAAAAAAGCACUGUUACAACCCAUAUUGGAGGUAAAGGGAUCUUUGCAAGAUUCUAGAGAAUCAUCUUGAAGCCGUAACACUAAAUGUCAGUACAUGUACAGAUAUUUUCUCUCUCAGAGACUACAGAUAUGCAAUUGAUCAUGUAGUACUGGAAAUAAUGGGAGUUUUGUCAAUCCGUUGCAGAAGAUACAGGAUUAAAGGAAAUGAUGUAUGUUGGUACCUACACAGAGAAACACAUAGAGGUGACAUCCACACUGCAUAUUUAAAACACAUGCUUCAAAGAAACCUGGGAACUUUAGUUUGCUAAGGAUUCUGGACAUUGCAGGUCUGUAAUGGGGUAAACUACAGUUUCCAGGAUUAUUAUUUGUGUGUGUGUGUGUGUGUGUGCUUUACAUGUAUGGUGUGGAUGUGAUCACAAUCUCUUGUCACAUUAUUAUUUUAAAAUAAAAUAGGAGACUUGAAUGUGGCCCCUUACUCCAGGCACAGACCCUCCAGGUCUCCCUAUUUUCCAGGGAUAAUCCUGGAUUUACAGAAGUUGUCCCGGUUUCCGAUUUGAUCCUGCAAUAUCCUGCUUUUCCUUAGAACGUCCCUAUUUUCAUUGGAGAAAUCUGACCUCCCUGAACCAUCUCAAGGCAGUCCUGUAGAGGGAAGCUUUAAAACGUUUAAUGCUCUGUUAUGUUUUUAUAUAUGUUGGAAGCCACUAGAGCAGCUGGGGCUACCCAGUAAAAUGAUCGUGGAAUAGGAUGUUCCUAUUUUCAUCGGAGAAAUGUUGGAGGGUAUGCAGAGGUGAGGGGAUAAAUCUUGUGUGACACUUGUUUUAGGAAAAGGAGAAAAAAAAAAUAGAAUCCUUGUUUUCCAUAGCUGUAUGUUAAAUAUGCAGAGCUACUUACUCAGGAUCAUCCAAAAGAUAAGGCGUCUAAUCCUGAGUGCGUACUUUUUUCUUGUUGGAUCAGAUUUAUUUUUAUUUAUUAGGGUUAUAUCUGGCCCCUUCUCCCAAAGGAGCCCAGGCCAGCAAACAACAAGCAACAGAACCAUAAAAACAUCUUAAAAACUAUUCCAAUACAUAGCAUAGACAAGAAGGUGCUGUUAGAAUCUCAGUAGGUUGAUAAGUUUAAAAGUAGAGAAGUAAAAAAAGGAAAAAUUACUUCCCUGGGUGGCAAUCAAUGCUAAUUACAGUCCUGUUAUCUGCGGAGCUCCAAAGCCUGCUUGCUAAGCCGUCGCCAUCUUGGAACUUCAGCUGCUGGUUUUGUGCUCGUUUUCCAAUACAGAUGUUGGACAAUACAGACCACAGUUUUAAAAGAAGGUGCCAAGUUAACACCAGAGAUGAAAAGGGUAAAGGGACUCCUGACCGUUAAGUCCAGUCAUGGACGACUCUGGGGUUGCAGUGCUCAUCUUGCUUUACUGGCCGAGGGAGCCGGCGUUUGUCCGCAGACAAGCUUCCAGGUCAUGUGGCUAGCACAACUAAGCCACUUCUGGCGAACCAGAGGAGCACACGGAAACACCGUUUACCUUCCCGUUUACCUAUUUAUCUACUUGCACUUUUGAAGUGCUUUCGAACUGCUAGGUGGGCAGGAGCAGGAGCCGAGCAACAGGAGCUCACCCCGUCGUGGGGAUUUGAACCACUGACCUUCUGGUUGGCAAGCCCUAGGCUCUGUGGUUUAGACCACAGCGCCACCUGUGUCCCACACCAGAGAUGGUGCCUGUCUAAUAUUCAAGGUGAGUGAACUCCAAAGGUCAGGUGGCACAACACUUAAGCCCAGAUCAACAUGAGACCCACUAGAUCAAAAUCCACUUAGUACAUUCUUUGCAAGAAUCCUAGAAACCAGCAAGCAUUUAAUUGGUCUACCAGAAAUUAAGUUAUGGAUUAGCUAUCAACAGACUACAUGAUCUUGACCUCCUGCCUAUUUCGGCAGUUCAGAUUGUGCAGGCAAGCAUCAUUAUGCAGCAGCUCAGAGAGGAUAAUAAAUGUUAGGUUAAAGAUACAUUUAGCACGGUGAAGACUCUUUGUGCAGAGGUAUUCAGCAAAUAUGAACCUCGGUGAUGGAACACUUUGGACAGAUACCUAAACCACCCAGAGAUUUCUGCUCAGAUAUUUUCACAGCUCUGGCAGCCCUAAACGAGGUAUUCUAAAUUUAGAGAUACUUAACUGACCUUGCAAGCCCCUCAACAAGGAGCUAUUCAGCCUACAGGAAUUGCAAGAAGCAUUUAAAGCACUUCUGCAACUGGAGCAGUUCUGCUGACAAAUAUCGCAGUUGCCAUAAAUGGUGUCCCUAAGUGAAUACCCGCAUAGACUGCAUGUUCAAGCUUCUUUGAAAUUCAAAAUCUAUCAGUUGGUGGAUGUAAGCACGGAUGAAGGUGAUUAUUAAGCACAUGCUCCAAUUUCUUUUUUACUUCUCUGUUAAAUGUAACUAUUAGGUCAGGAUAUUUUAGCUACUUGUUUCUAUCUGCUGGUCUGCAGCAGGAAUUAGGAAUUUGGGACCAUCUAGAUAUUGCUGAACUACAGUCCCCAUCAUCCAUGGUCAUGCUACCUGAGGCUGAUGGGAUCUGUAGCCCAGGAACCUCUGGAGGGCCAUGGGAUUCUCUUCCCUGGUCUAUAAACAUUCCAGACUGCAUUCACUGCACUAGCUAACUCUCCAAGUCGCCCUAUUUUCCAGGGACAGUCCCAGAUUUACAGAAGCCAUCCCAGUUUCUGAUUUGAUCCCAGAAUGUCCUGCUUUUCCUUAGAACAUCCCUAUUUUCACUGGACAAAUGUUGGAGGCUAUGGAGUUAUGCAACCCUCAAGCCAAGGAGAUAAGUAACUAUACAACCUUGAGAAGACAUCUGAAGGCAGCCCUGUAUAGGCAAGUUUUUUAAUGUGUAAUGUUUUACUAUGUUUUUAUAUAUGUUGGAAGCCACCAGAGUGGUUGGCGCAAACCAAUCAGCUGGGCAAGGUAUGAUGAUGAUGAUUAUAGAAUAGGAUGUCCCUAUUUUCAUUGGAGAAAUGUUGGAGGGUAGGGAGUUCUCUGACCUCCGAGCCAAGGAGAUAAGUAACUAUACAUUUAGAAAACAUCUGAAAGCAGCCCUGUACAGGGAAGUUUUCAAAUGUUUAAUGUUUUAUUAAACCCAGUCAGAUGGGCAGGGUAUAAAUAUAAAUAUAAGAAUAAAAAUAAGAAUAAGAAAUACUUCCUUAUUUUCGUCAGAGAAAUAUUGCCGGGAAUGCACUAAGCAGAACUUUGCUUAUGACAAGUAGGUGGGGCUUAAGCUUGCUGCCUUUGAAACAGAAGUUUGCUAGAGUUUUGCUGCUAUGACUGCUUCUGUAUCUAUUUUUGAAAAGGCAUCUGAGUUCAAUUCACAGGUGUUUGUGUCCCUUCUAAGGCAUGUUGCAGUUCACCUGAUAGGUUGUGUGGAUUCGAGCUGGCCUGGCCAACAAGUCAUUCCACAUCAUUACCGUAUUUUUUGCUCUAUAAGAGGCACCAGACCGCAAGAUGCACCUAGUUUUUGGAGGAGGAGAACAAGAAAAAAAAUAUUCUGAAUCUCAGGAGCCAGAACAGCAAGAGGGAUCGCUGUGCAGUGAAAGCAACAAUCCCUCUUGCUGUUCUGGCUUCUGUGAUAGCUGUGCAGCCUGCAUUCGCUCCAUAAGAUGCACACACAUUUCCACUUACUUUUUAGGAGGGAAAAAGUGAGUCUUAUAGAGCAAAAAAUACUGUAACUGGCUAACUCGCAAAGGCACAGGCUUGUGCAAAUAGAGCAUAGACCUAACUGGGAAAUAUUUUACACCUUUUCAAAGGUUAGGCCUGAUGGCUAGCUUGAGGAUUAGCCAAAUUAAUCCAGGGGCAGUAUAGCCCUACUAUAUGAGCACACAAAUUGCCCCAGAUUUUGGAGUUUCAGACAGGGUUUUGAUCUUCCAGCCAAACCAAGGGGAUCAUGCAUGAAUAGUGCUGCCCCAGCUUUGCAUUUACCAUCUAUCUCUCUAGAGUGAAACUUUAAAGAAGCAAAAGCAAUCCACCUCCUACUGUAUGGCUGCAUUUAUUUUCUGCCAUGUACCUUUCUGCCCGCAGCCCCUUUAAUAUCCCCAGAACACCACAGGUCAUUCACUUCGUGUCUGCUGCUAGUUGAAAGUAAAGGUGAGGAUGUUGCAUGCCUGCACCCUACAAAGGAUUUUGCUCUGAGCUUUCGAAUGCAAAUUGCUGUCUGGUGUGUGCGCAUUGCACACACGCAAGGAAAAUAAAUAGAGUUGGGAGCUCUGGGUGUUAAAUCCACAGCUGGGGGUUUGGCUUCCCAAGUCUCCACAUAUGUUUCCAGUUACGAUAAGCAUGUGCUGAGAUAUCAUUAACUAUCUGGUAGACAAACACACGCACACAUGCUAAUAGUCUUCUUGCUGUUUGUGGAGCUCUCGGUGGAGUUACACUUCAUAAACACCUUUGCAAAAGCAACAACAACAACAACAACAAAGGCCAUUGAUGCCAUCUAAAAUAAAUUAGGUAAGGCUGCAAUGUACCUUUCUUCUUCAUCAGCUGUUCAGGCACCAGCUCAGAGGAAAUUUGGAAGAACUCCUGGGGCGGGGAGGAAGGGAAAACACUUGUCACUUCUAUUAUGGCAAUUGUAAGGGAUUGUUUGAGACUCUCAGCUCGGCAGCCUCUUGGGAGCCUUAUCUCUAUGAACAGAACAAAUGUAUCAUCCCGAGAUAAUGAAGAAAGUGGUGCUUCUGGUCACUUGUGUGUCAGGUGUUUGGGGGGAAAUUUCAGCUUGACACUGACAUAGCCAAUUAUUCCCAAAGAAUGAUGAAUUUGGGGUGUCUCCGAACCGUCACUAGAAUUGGCAGGAGAAACGACUUCUCCUUUCUCCUCGGUGAUUAAUGGUCUUUGGAUCAGGAUCGGUUAUUUGUUUUUGUCGAGUGACUGCUUUACAAGUACUCGGAGCACCCUAUUUUAGAUUAGAUCAUAUCAUUUAGGUUUCUUUAUUUCAUCAGUCUGAUAAUCUGCAGCCACCUUCUGUAUGCCGGCGUGUUUUCGUGCCGCUUCUGACACCAAGGUGUACAAAAUUAGGCAAGGCAGCUUGCAGAUAAGUGGAGAACAGGGCAGGGGGAGAAGAUCACCUGUGGCCAAGUGGAUUGGCUGUCCUUCAGUUUAUGAGCUCAGAGAAAAAUGCAUGCAGGUAAAAUAAACAGGCACACACUCAUUUUUCUGGCUUGGAGCUCCAAAGUUUGCUGUCAUUGGCUGUAAUGAAUGGAUCUUCAGGAGCACUUUCAGCCUGCAACAUUUCUAGAGCUGUCAAGACAAGGCAUGCCUGGGUGGAGCACUCAUAAAUUGGUCUAACAGUGAUGGAAGCGAAGAUCCGAGGAAAAGCAACCAAACAGAUAUGCUUGGCUGAAAAGGAAAGCAAUGAAUUUGUAAUCAGGAUUGCGUGUGCCGCUCCAUGCUUAAACAUUCAAAUUUCUGCAAAGUCCACCAACUGGUCUUUGGGAAAUGAAACUUUUUCAUCUUGUCUCUCAAAGCAUCCGGGAUGUCUCCAAUGUUUUCAUUAGAUCUUGAUGGUUUCUUUGGUAUCUGCUUUCCGCAAUAGGUUUUUGCGGCAUUGCUAUGAGAUCAUGUUUUGCUCGCUUCCAGCUGUUACCUGCGGUCCGCAGGUGAACUCUGUGGAUGUCCAGCUGCCAAAUUGGAAUGUGAUUUACGAAUGGCAUCAUAACACAGCACAUUCUUAGUGCACAUAUCAUAUGCUGAAUUUUCAAAAGUGAUUCUCUUAGAUGUGGGUAGCUGCAGCCCAAUGGGAAUUAAAAGCCUCGCUCAACUGCCGAUUAGCAUUUGUGCUAGGGAUGGGAACAUCUCUGGAUGUUUUUUCUUAGAUCCCUAAAUUGCUAGAUACAGACAUUUAUUGCUUUGUUUAGCUUUUUAAGAAGACAUCCUCUCCCCCUCCCCGCCUCUUAAUUUCAGAUGCCCUGUAGGUAUGUGAUGAGGGAGUUUUGUUGCUAUGGUGAUGGAUGCUGCAGGGGAAAAAAUCCUAGAUGAAAAUAAUGUGCUCAAACACAGAGAUUCAGACAAGUUUAUAAAAUUCGACCCUUUGGUGUCUAGGAAUAGUGUUGCUUCACGUGUCAAAGAGCAGAUCUCUUUGGAGACCAUGUGUGCUUGUUGCCACACAUGUGAAGAGAAAAACAAAUGCAUAUUCUGCUGUGACUUCACAGUUUGGGAAUCUCAUCAUAAAAAGCUUAGGAAGAAGUUAAUUUUCUGCAAAGCAAUAAUGCUUAUGUACAAAGGCUGCAGUGGCUGCAACCUUAACCUGGUUCCCCUAUGCUGUUUUAUAGGAGGUCACAGCACAGUGUGAGGUGAAGAUAAGGUAAAAAAGGUAAAGGAGCCCUGAAUGGUUAAGUCCAGCCAAAGGCGACUUUGAGGUGUGGUGUAAAUCUUGCUUUCAGGCCUAGGGAGCCUGUGUUUUCCGGGUCAUGUGGCCAGCAUGACUAAACCGCUACUGGCGCAACGGAACACCGUGAUAGAAACCAGAGCGCAUGGAAACGCCAUUUACCAGUUUGAAUCCAACAUGGCAGGCAUGGAAGAGAUGGGACCCCCCUGGAGUGUAAUGCUAGACUAGGACUAGCCGCCUGAGAAACAGUUUCUACCCAAAUGCGAUUUUGGUUUUAAACGCAGUGUAAGGAGUCUCUAUGGGAGUAUAUUGUAUUUUAAAAUGGGGUAUCAGAGGUUUUAGGGGGCUAACCAGGUUGGGAUAGCUGGGGUAGCAGGCUUGUUGGGUUUUGAAUGUUUUAUGUAGAUUUUUCAAUUUUGUUGUUCAGUAUGGGACAACGACAAUAAAGAUUAUCGUAUUCCCCCCCUCCCCAGGCUCACAUUGUAUAUAUAUACAGUGGUACCUCUGGUUACAUACACUUCAGGUUACAUAGGCUUCAGGUUACAGACUCCGCUAACCCAGAAAUAGUACCUCGGGUUAAGAACUUUGCUUCAGGAUGAGAACAGAAAUCGUGCUCUGGCGGUGCAGCGGCAGCAGGAGGCCCCAUUAGCUAAAGUGGUGCUUCAGGUUAAGAACAGUUUCAGGGUAAGUACGGACCUCCAGAACGAAUUAAGUACUUAACCCGAGGUACCACUGUAUGUGUGUGUGUGUGUAAAUAAACCAUAUAUCAUUGGUUUAUGCAGCACCCAAGGGAGCCCCCCCAGGCUGUCCUUUCAUUAACUUCCAGCCCAUAUCUUCCUGCAUUACCUCUCUCUCUCUCUCUUUCUUUUUAAAUAAUAAUUUUUAUCAGUUUUCAGUUACAAUCCAACAAUAGCCUCAUUAGAACAAUACAAAUUCACAAUACAAUUAUUAAUACCAAUCGCUCAAAUACCGAACUAUGUAAUUUAGAUAAACUGCCCCCCCAUGCUAGAAUUGAUGGUUUGAUUCACACCUUCCAAACCAACACAUGAACUAAAACAUAGCUAUCCUUUGAAAUCUGCACUUUCCCAGAUUAAGUGAUGCAGUUCUCCAGCCAAAACAUGACUACAGGAGAGAGAGAGAAUAUAUUAAGGGAUAGCACACAUAUAGAAUGCAUAUAUUUCCCCUCUCUCUUUCUCUCUGAGGAUCAUUCAGGGGAGCCUGCAGCUUUAACUUGCAUCUUUCCGAAAUAAAGCAGAGGUUAAAAAAAGUGGGGAAAUGCUUUUGCAUGACUUCUUAAAAUCUCCCUCUUCGCGCACAAACAAAAAUCCUCCCCAGCUUCAGCAACUAACGGUCCCUUAGUUUUGCACAGAAGACUUGAGAAAUGCACAAAAAUUGUAAAGUAGCUUGAUGGUCUGUGUCUGUGUACUCUAUAAGGAGGGAUUUGAAAAUAAUCCUGAAAGUGAGGAUUGGCUUCUGAGUUUCUCUCUCCUUCUAUCCUCAACAUCGCCCUCUUCUUCUCUACCUCUCCCCACCAAGGUAUAUGCUAUCCUCUUUAACACCCACCCAGAUUUAUGGAGACAGGGAGAAUGUUGCGGAAAGGACCAUGCCUGCACACAUAUCCUCUGUGUUUCUCAAUUUCCUUCCCCGACAUAACAAAAUAUUUCCGCUUCUGAUCUUAAUCUUGUUUUGACCUCUCCAUCUUCCCUCCCACCCUGUGUGCACUGAUUUCGGGAAAGGCAGGCGGCAACUGUCAUGCUGAGUGCAUCAGCUUUGCUCCGCAGAGUAGCAGCAUUACUUGGGUUCCUGUUCACACAUGCGCUUCCACUUAUAUGCGCACCAAAAAAAAAGCCAAGGGGGGGCUGAACACGGAACGGGAAAAUCCUGGACUAGAGUGGCUUCCUUGGGAGAAAAGCAAUGACAAACCUAGACAGCAUCUUAAAAAGUAGAGACAUCACCUUGCCAACAAAGGUCCGUAUAGUAAAAGCUAUGGUUUUUCCAGUAGUGAUGUAUGGAAGUGAGAGCUGGACCAUAAAGAAGGCUGAUCGCCGAAGAAUUGAUGCUUCUGAAUUAUGGUGCUGGAGGAGACUCUUGAGAGUCCCAUGGACUGCAAGAAGAUCAAACCUAUCCAUUCUUAAGGAAAUCAGCCCUGAGUGCCCACUGGAAGGACAGAUCGUGAAGCUGAGACUCCAAUACUUUGGCCACCUCAUGAGAAGAGAAGACUCCCUGGAAAAGACGCUGAUGCUGGGAAAGAUGGAGGGCACAAGGAGAAGGGGACGACAGAGGACAAGAUGGUUGGACAGUGUUCUCGAAGCUACCAGCAUGAGUUUGACCAAACUGCGGGAGGCAGUGGAAGACAGGAGUGCCUGGCGUGCUCUGGUCCAUGGGGGCACGAAGAGUUGGGCACGAAGAGUUGGACACGACUAAACAACAACAAAGAGUGGCUUCCAAAGGGGAGCCACAGAAAGAAUGUGAUUGGUCAAGGGAGCUGCAGACUCAAAAAGGUUGAAAACCACUGCCUGAAUGGCCCAUUGCCCUGGCUAUCACCUCACCAGGAAGCUAGUUUGGCAAUAUUUUAACAUUUGCUGGAUCCAGGAGUUGUAAGGGUUUCUGCAUACAGCCUAAUCCCUCCUCAACAAACUCAUAACAAUACAGUACCUCAGGUUAAGUACUUAAUUCAUUCUGGAGGUCCGUUCUUAACCUGAAACUGUUCUUAACCUGAGGUACCACUUUAGCUAAUGGGGCCUCCUGCUGCCGCCACACCGCUGGAGCCCGAUUUCUGUUCUCAUCCUGAAGCAAAGUACUUAACCCGAGGUACUAUUUCGGGGUUAGUGGAGUCUGUAACUUGAAGCGUAUAUAACCUGAAGCGUAUGUAACCCGAGGUACCACUGUCACACACAAACAGACACACACUUUUAUCACAGACAACAAGUACCAUAAAUCCUGUAGUUCUUUAUGGGAGAUUGAAUAAGACUUUUUAUGAGAAUCAUUUAUAUAGGGGUAAAUUCUAGUGAUGUAAAUGAUCUGGCUCACUAUUUGCUAUUUUGCAAAUUAUAUUAAGCUCAGAGGGAAACUUGGUUCAAUCAACUUUAGCUGUCUUUGGAUAAACCUGUUUCUAUGUUCAAUGGAUAAGAAAAUGAACAGAAAUAUAUCACAAAAGCCGUUCUUAAGUUUGAGUGCCAGGUAACAAGAGUAAGAAAAUGUUUUAUUGACUGUACAAAUGAUCAGCCUUUUUAAAUAUGGUUUUAUUUGUUUUUACCAAAAUUUUGGGUAUAAACAUAGUUUAUAGUUUUUGGCGCUUGUUUUUGUUAUGUUGAUUUUGUUUUGGAAAUUGCAAUGGUCAGGGGAGCUUGUCAAUAAAACGUUGUUUUCUCUGUGUAGUUAAUAUUUCUCUUUUGCCCUGAAGGACCUCGAGGAAAAGAAAAAUGGUCCAUAUCUUCCUUCUGGAGGAAUAUAAAGGAGGCUUUGUACAAGAAAGAUGAAGAACCUCUUUUAGACCGGAAUGCAUUGCUUGUGAAUUGAGUAAGAUAGAAAUAAAUGGAAUAUUGUAAAUAGACAGUGGAGAAGAGGCACUUUAAAAACUGAAUGUACAUUCUAAUCAAUGCAGGUUUUUUCAUUUAUCCGACAGCUACUAGGAACUCAGGGGCUGAUUUAAGUGUCACUUGUGAAAAUGGUUAUGGUUUGUACAGCUUCUGUACAAAGUGGGAGGGAUCUAGGUGCGUGACCAGAAAAUGAGUGGCAGAAUUAUUGUUGAGGAGCUUUGAAACACUGUUAUCUGUGAGCUGGUGGUGGCUAGCUUAGAAAUGAACAGGGAUUUACAGGGGUUUUUCUCCCCCCCUCACAGUACUUACAGACUAGUGUUGUCUCUUGAUAUGUGGUCUGUGGCAGGCAUUUUGCCACCUUUAUCGAGAUAGGGGAAAUGGCACCUCCUUUUUUUAAACACCUCCCCCCAGUACUUGUAUCUCAGCCCUGUAUGGCUGUGCCUAAGGAACAGACGACCAUCAUGGUGCUCUCAAGAUGUUACUGAAUUGCAACUCUUAUUGGUUCCAGAAAGCACAACUGGUGGUCAGGGGUGAUUAUGGCUUGACGACAAUUUGAGAUCACUCCAUUGGGCACCCCUGAUAUUGAGCGUCAAUAAUGGUCACCGGCCAGCUGUUGUAAAUGAUACAGCAUUUGCUGGGCUAGAUUAGGGGGUAUGCAGGCAGAGGGCCUUCUUGGUAGUGGCGCCCACCAUAUGGAAUGCCCUCCCAUCAGAUGUCAAGGAAAUAAACAACUAUCUGACUUUUAGAAGACAUCUGAAGGCGGCCCUGUUUAGGGAAGUUUUUAAUGUUUGGUGUUUUUAAUACAGUGGUACCUCAGGUUAAGUACUUAAUUCGUUCUGGAGGUCUUUACUUAACCUGAAACUGUUCUUAACUUGAAGCACCACUUUAGCUAAUGGGGCCUCCCACUACUGCUGCGCCACCGGAGCACGAUUUCUGUUCUCAUCCUGAAGCAAAAUUCUUAACCUGAGGUAAUAUUUCUGGGUUAGUGGAGUCUGUAACCUGAAGCGUAUAUAACCUGAAGCGUAUGUAACCCGAGGUACCACUGUAUUCUGUUAGGAGCUGCCCAGAGUGGCUGGGGAAACCCAGUCAGAUGGGCGGGGUAUAAAUAAUAAACUAUUAUAAUAAUAUUAUUAUGAUGUACUCUUCCCACUUGCGAUUCAUACACAUGCCACCUUUUACAGUGGAGACAGCACGUGCCUCUUUAGCUGCUGAGGAAGAGUUAACAUUUAUCUGGCUCCUGAUACGCGUAGUUUGAGACUUCAAAGCAAAGGAAAUAAUUUGCUUUAUGUUCCCAACUGGCUCUAAUCUCACUAGGCCCACUAGAAAAACAACAGGGAAAUGGAAGCGUAGCAUGAUUGACAGUUUAUAUACUCGCUUGCUUGCUCUGAAGCACAUUGACCAACCUAGAGAUGGUGAAGUCUAAAUUGACUUUUCAACACUGAUGAACAGUAAGGGGGUAAUGGGAGGAAAUAUUACAUCUUAAUUGUCAUUCUCGGCUGGGAUCAGCAAAUCUGAUUCAUCCUUGGGCUAUUACUGUUUACUAAGUCUCGAGGCCCCACUGUAAUUAUUUUCUUAAACCCAGAGCACAUUGUCUGUGACAAAGAGAAAAAUCGUGCCGGUAGACAAGGGAUCUCAUUGCUCUCCCUGCCACUCAUGUGCUCACCAACUUCAUUGUUGACUGUCCAAUCAUCAGCCUGCGUGGCUGUGGCUGUAUCAUUAUUUUCGGGGGUUUCGAAGCUGCUUCUAAGGGUGAAUUACAGUUUGAUAACAAUCACUUUAGAAUUCUCAACUUCUCUUUUCUACACACCACCUCUAUGAUUGUGGGAAUCACUGCAAUGACUUAUGCUGCAAAGUAAGAGUAGAAAUUCGAGGUAGAUUUACCUAUCUGCUAAUUCUUCUCAAACUCUAGGUUAGGUGAAAAUUCUCUCUCUCUCUCUCUCUCUAAUGCACACUGCAGUCCUAUGAAUAAUAUGAGCAGGACUUACUUCCAGGUAAAUUUGUUUAAGAUUUCUGAAUCAGGCUGCAAGUGACGGUUGUACACAGUUACCUGGCGUGGGGUGUGGGGGUCAGCAACACUGAAUUCAGUGGGGCUGACUUCUGAGAAGGUAAGUAUAGGGUUUUGUUUUUUAAAAUGGGUUCCUUCCUUUGCACAACAGAUUGAUAUUUAGAAUUCCAAAUGGAAAUGUUGAGCAGGAAGAACCUCAAUUAUGGACUCUCCUUCCUUGGAGCUUUUUAAGCAGAAGCUGGAUGUUCCUCUUUCAUGGAUGCUUUAGUUGAGAUUCUAGCACUGCAGGGGGUUGGACUAGAUGACCCUUAGGGCCCCUUCGGAUAAUAUCAGAACAAUCUUUAUUUGCAUCAGCCACUAGCCAUAGCAAUAAAAUAAAAUAAAUUGUACUGAAUAUAGAGGUAAGAACUUAACUAUACAAAAUACAUUUUGGAGGUUUACAUCAAUAAUCAAAUAAUAGAUCUUAUUCUAAUUACUCCUGCGAUUAUUUUUUUUUGCAGUUUUUGCUGUCAUCUGAUUAUUUUGCUCUGCUAGAAGAAAGGACACAGUAGCAAUGGUUGAGCAACCAUUGGACAAUAGUAGAAGGGUAAUAGCCUCACUCCUCGUAUCUUUAUAAAGAGUGCAAGCCAGAAGCUCAUGAACCACUGACUCAAUACUGCCAUCUCCAUAGGGAUGUGGGUGGCACUGUGGUCUAAACCACUGAGCCUCUUAGGCUUGCCAAUCAGUAGGUCAGCUGUUUGAAUCCCUGUGAUGGGGUGAGCUCCCGUUGCUCUGUCCCAGCUCCUGCCAACCUAGCAGUUCGAAAGCACGCCAGUGCAAGUAGAUAAAUAGGUACCACUGUGGUGGGAAGGUAAACAGCAUUUCUGUGCACCCUGUUUUCUGUCACAGUGUUCCGUUGUGCCAGAAGAGGUUUAGUCAUGCUGGCCACAUGACCCAGAAAGCUGUCUGUGGACAAACACCAGUUCCCUCGGCCUGAAAGUGAGAUGAGCACCAUAACACCAUAGUCGCCUCUGACUGGACUUAACUGUCCAUGGGUCUUUUACCUUUCCCUGCCAUCUCCACAUGGACAUAACCGUUUUCCCUGUAGAAUUUUUUGAAAUCGGCCCUCGAGUACAGCCGAAGCAAUAUAUUCAAUCUUGCAAAAGUGAAAGUGUGCCUGUAUUUUGGAAUUGUUAAAUUUUAUAAAUAGGGUGCCAAUGUGCCAAAAUGAUUAGGUGGAAAAUAACCAUACCAUGGACAAAAUGUCUUUAUCACGGCCAAAUUAUUCUGUCACUCAAUACCAUAUAGGCACUGUCGGGGUCCCUUCCAACUCUACAAUUCUAUGAUUCUUUGAAGAGGUAAAAUAUGCUGAAGGAUUUAUUUAUAUUACAGAGGCUAUUGACUUACCCAAUUCAGUGUUCUUAUUCGGUUUUGCGGUCUGUCGUGCCCGCCUGAGGCCUCGCAAAAUCUUGCUCCAAAGAAAGUUGGGUGGAUCCAUGUUUGAGGGUUAGAAGCCACUUUGUGAGGGCAACAGGCCCUUUGCACAGGGCACACAUUCUUGACAGACACACCAACAACUACUGGCAAAGAGGAACAAAGACUCAGAGAAUUGUGGAAAUUGUAGUAUGGCACAACAGAGAGAUGGGACAGUCCUAUGUUGUAACCGAAUCCAUCAUGUGGGUCUGUUAAUAUGCCUGGCAUUGACUGCAGUGAAGACUUCACCUACGACAGACACACAUCUGGCGAAGCGUUGGUAGAUAAGGACGACGAGAGCAUCCUUUGAGAGAUAAAUGGCCAACAUCUGAGAGCAUUCUUUCUGGUCCGAGCAAGGAGGAGGAGGAGGAGGGGGGGGACUGGAGAAGAGAUGGAGGAGAAAUACAGACAAAGAAACUGGGAUGUUUUAGAGACCAAGGAGAGAGCUUUACGAGGGGAGGAGGAGGAGGCGUGGCGUGGCAUGGCGGGGGAAGGUGAGCCAUGAAAAUUUGGGCCACCUCAGUGAGGACACUGAAGAGGAAAGAGGAAGAGUAACAGGGAAACAUUGAAUUGAAUUAUUGGGGCAGGGAAAUGUGAAAUUGAAUGUGAACAGGACCCUCUCUUCAAGGCAUUCCAAAAGAAACUCAUAAAUAAACUGAAGGAUACUACCCUGAAUAAUAGUGACUGGGGUAAAACCACUACUUACAUACUAUUCCACAAUUAAUAGAGACAAAGGAACAAGUGUUUGCAACUCUUUAAUUGUGUACCAUGUAAAGCUCACUUCCAGAACAUCUCCCAUCUUAAUUUGUGCUGUGCUGUUUGAAAUGCUAAUGAAGCUGGAAUUCUCAAAGGUCAUAUUUGGAAUAUACUAGUGCUUUCCUUUUCAUUCUUUUUUGUUCAGUUUCAAAACAAUUAAAAUGAGGUUUAGUUCUAAUUUGGCUAACAAUGUUAGCUCUUCCGUUAAUUAGCCCAAGUGUAAGAAUGUCUCCUUGCUCUGGCCAUUUGCUGAAUGAGAAGGCACUUUAUUUUCAUUUAAACUAUUCCUCUGUGCUUUUUUCUUUUUUCAAAAAAAGGAUGUCUUUUCUCUAUUGAUUGCGUAAAAUAACUUGGGGGGGGGAUUAUUAUAAAAAAUAUAUAAAAGGAGAGAGGAAAAGUGCACAUUUAGCAAAUCCCUGCACUGCAUACUUUACGGAGUCAUUUAUCAUCCUUCGAAAGGUUGGAGUCUUCACAAAUAUUAAAGAAAAGGGCCGGUAAUUGCUGUGUGCAACUAAUUGACAGAUUUGUGUCGUUAAAGGGAGAGAAUUUCUAUGCCACCAUCAGUGUUGACACUCUGAGGAUGCUCUAUAAAAUCCAUGUUUGUGAGAUAUAAUUUUGGGGUGGGGGUGGGGAAACGGAAUCACCUUCCUGCAUUCAUAGCAAAUGUGAUGGUAGCACUUUUUCAUUAGAGAAGGGACAGGUAUGGAACUUAAAUGCAAACCAACAUCUUCAAAGUGUGUCAUCAGCACAAACAUGGAGUGUAGGACUUGGUGUGCAACGGAGCCCUGCUUUCGACUUGUCCAUGCAAUCCAAGUCCCAGGGAAUCGUUGGAAGGGACUGGAUAACAAUUUUGUCAAUCGCCAGUAAAAAUAAGCAGGAUAUAAAUCUAAGUAUUAUUUCUGCAACAAAAUGUUUGUUGCAAAAUAAACACAAAAUAAACGGGAUAGGUAGGGGGAAUUAAAAGGGCAUAUGGAGUGUUCCAGAAUAUUUUAUUCAACUUGCGAACAUUUCUCUUUGCAAGAUAGAUGAAUGCACAAAGCAUCUACUGUCGAGCAAAGCUCUGCUACGUCGAAGGUGAGCUUCUCUGAAUGGGUUGGGAAGGUCGUCUGGUGUUCUAUUCCACAAGCUAAUUUUGGAUUUUCAUUAGUAUGCUGUGCUAAUCAUGUUUAAUGAAUCCAAGUCCAAAUUGCAUUAUGGGUUAUUGUCUACGGAUAGGCUGGAGACACGGCACAUUAACACAGCAGAACAAAAGGCACAGGCAACAAACGCUAGACAAACAUACGGCUCUUAUUAGUUAUGGACCUAUCCUUUUUACAGUAUGUCAGGCUUAGGGAUUUGAAAAGUAAACAAAUAUAAAUCAUCGGGGAGCAAAGCUGUUCCAGAAGUACAUUAGAGGAGCAUUGCGCAUGAAGCUGUGGCUUCUGUGGGGGAUUUAGUCCAAAUUUUACCCUCAUCCUCAUUGUGGUGUCCACUCAAGUGGGUUAAUAAAAUACGUGUAACAAUGGAUUAAGUUUAUAGCAGGCUUUUAGAAAGUGCUACUCCCCAGUAUAUUUAUCAUAUGAAUUUCUCCUUCCUCUGCCCUAGUCUAGUCAGAGCUUCAAAGACUUUUAAGGCUGCUCAAAGGAUUUCUGAAUCCAACACUCUCUGAAUAGAAGCACCAGAGCCAAACUUUGUGCAGAACUAUUUUCCAAAUAUUAAAGGGGUUUUGGGGAGCGAAGCUACUUCCCAAGACAGAAAAAACUUCGCAACAUCUUUGGAUAAAUUGUCCCAUUACCCUUCUGCCUUACAGUUAGGAAACCUUUAACACCAGUCACCCAAAUCAGAUGGCCCCUGUAUUCACCCGAUUGCCUUAGGAUGUGUUUGUUAGAAUUCCUGCUCCGUGAUUGCAGUCAUGGGAUUGUUGUCUAUCACAUGACAGUAUAUGUUUUGACUCCACAGAGUGGGAAGUGACGGAGACAGGAUGUUUGUGUUACUGUGUUCCGUGAAGUGUCCUUUGUUCUUUUUCUCUUUGCUGUCUGAUGCUAGAGAGAGAGGGAGCCAUGUUGCAGUGCUCUGUGUGUGUUUGUAUGUAAAUAAAGUAGAUUAGCCAAAAUGCUGAGUUGCUGAGGUCUGUCACGCGCAUGCUGCGCAGACUCUGCGGAUCCCUAAAUGUGCCGGUGUCUGUUGGCAUUGGUCGCUGUGAUGUUCGGGCAGAAGAAAGCUUUGGAAGCUCCCGAGCGAACGACCAGGAGGGAGAGAACAUGCCAGUGGGGAAUGUGUCUCUACCAGGGUCCUACUCGAGUGUAGGAUGAGCUCCUGACAGUGUUCACUCAUAAACCUCCGUGAAUAACACUCCCGAAUGCAGGGUUUCAAGGUCAGUUGAUGGAUGCCAACUGCAUUUUCAGGAGGGAUCAGCUGCUCUCUGGAGUUUGUAGUUGGGAAUUUCUGCUUGCAUCUGAACGAAGUUGGUGUUGAAGAAUCAUUGCUUCAACACUGUUGAUCUUUGCUUCUUCCAGUACACUGGCAUUAGUUCGCCUGUCUUCCCAAGUGAUAUGUAAAAUUUUUGGGAGACACCAUUGAUGGAAUCUUUCAGGGAGUUGGACACGGUGUUUAUAAGUGGACCAUGUUUCACAAGCAAAUGUCCUGGUCCUCAGACACUCUGCACUUCCAUUGGGAAAAAGCUGCACUUGCAGAGCUAGGUGAUGCUGGAUUUUGGCACCAAUGUCGGCCCUUGCAGAAAGAUACCUAACUGCCCAGGUUGGAGAAGUGAUCAACAUUUUCCAAUGUUACACCAUUGAGUUGGAUUUGUGGGGCUGCAGAGGGGUUGUUUUGUGCUUGUUGGUGCAGCACUUUGGUUUUUUGGAUGUUGAGCGGUAGGCCAAGCUUUUUGUAAGCUUCUUUAGGAUAUAUUUAGGAUGGUUUGGAGGUCAUCCUCUGAGUGUGCACACACUAUGUUGCCAUCAGCAUCCUGAAGCUCUAUGUGCCUCUUGCUAUACAGUACAUAAUUGGUCCAAUGACUGGCCUGCAUCAGCAGACUCAUAAAUCACAUGGAAUCCACCAUUAUGCUAAAACCAUCCGUUCAGGCCUCUUCUGGAAGAAAACAACUUUGCCGGCAAUUAGUCUGUGUGUGUUGUUUGGGAUGUCGCAUAAUAAGUAUUGAGCUUAUACGAUGCUAGUGAUUUACGUACCACCAAGUCACCAAAACUAAGCUUGGCUGUAGCACAUCAUCAAUCUUUUCUCAAUAGUUCAACAAAAGAAUCCAUUUUCUUUUGAUAAAAGCCCCAUUGGUCUUGUGAUCUAUAAAUCAUCCUUUCAAAAGAAACCCUUUGAAAUAUCAAUUCAAGGUAUUCUCACAGACUAUCAUUUUAUAGCAUUUCCUAGUGAUGGAAGAUAAUGCCGGUGCCUAUCAAAAAGGAAAAUGCUGCCCAUUUUUCACCGAAUUUUCACAACUUUAGCAGGAGCUCUCAAGAGUCUCUAAUAUUACCCUCCCCGUUCUUCUGUAGCUUGUGAAUUGAGUUAGAAAGCUUGUGUCAAAAAGGCACAUUUUUAAUAUGAGGGAAAGAGUGUGGCGGUUAAAAACAGAUUAGAUUAUAAAGGAGGGCUUGAUUUUUUCUUCUACCACUACUGCCAAUUUCUAAAAUCCGGUGCCUGCCAUAUGAACCAUGCACCAGUUUGUUUGCUGAAAGAAUAAGUUAUCUAAUAUGACCAAAAGCACUGUGACACCUUAGAGACUAACUGGUUUAUUUGCUAUGAGCUUUUGUAAGCCAUAGUGUACUUCAUUCAAUGCACAAAGCAAGUUUGCUUUAAAAAUAAAAGUAAAAAUGAUAGCUCCACGUUUUGUUUUGCAAACUUGGAUAUUAAAUCUUAACUCCAUUUUGAUAGUAGAAGAUGAGGAGUUGAGCUUUGAGAUGGCCACGUGUCUGUGAUGCUGCAAAAUGACCCUGAUCUCACACUGGAACCAGCCAAGGCCCCCAGAGUUCUUGAAACAAGAGGCUGCACUUGAAGCCACAGAUGGUGAAAAAAAAGAAAUCUCAGGAGUUAGAGAGAGGUUGCAGACCUAGAUUUCCACAAACUCUGAGAGUUUGCUAACCUGGCAAGCGAGCAAAAGAAAGGAAAUUCGCAAGACUGCCCAGAGUGUGGCAAGUCAUUUCACAGUCCGAUAAACCGAACAUAGUAAGCUUCAGGAAAGGGGACACUAUGGUGCAGGAUGCAUCUCUAAACAUAUGCUGGAACUGGCUCUCCAAGAAGACCUCUACCAGGGACAUGAAAAAUGUGAACCUGGGAACCAUCGGUUGAUACAGCCAGUAGUACCAUGGACUGCCACCAUUGACUUGGGAGAGCUCUGUGCUGACACUGCUGUGCUCCCAGUGUCAUUGUAUGGGAAGUUAGAGGUGGCAAAAUUUCAGGGCCCCCAGAAGAUAUGAAAAGGUUCAGGGCAAUCGGCGCUCAAUAUGUUUCAGAUUCUUGUAGGUAGCUAAGAUGAGUGAAAGAACUCAAAUUCAAAAGAAAUUGGUCUGGAUGGGGGAAAAAAACAACCUUUGCAAACUUCAGUCACACGGCACUUUAUGAACUGCAAGAGCUUUGUCACUUUUAUGAGAAGAUAACGAACUGGACUUCACAAGCUGUCAUAUUCACAUUCAAGCAACUAAACUUGGCACAUUGCGAAACGGUCAGUCACCAUUUGAAGAGGCGGCUGGCUUUUCCUUCGUUUUUCAGUCAGAAAGAAGCAUUGCCAAGAGACAAAAUUUCACCCCCCCCUUUCAAAAAGUUACAUCUGCAAAAUUCAGUUUUCCUAAUGAAAUUACAGAUGAGAUCACUCAGCAGAGAAACGUGCAUCCUUCUGCUUCGUAGACUGAUCGUGAGCUCAUUAAAAAUGAAAUCACAGCGAUAAUGGAAAUCUUUGUUAAUCCUAUAUCGAUUUGGCCACACCAUAUACUUCCAUUGCAUUCUGAAUGGCAGCUUGCUUUUCCUGUUGAAAAAUGGAUUCUGGAAACAUGUGACCAGCCUUCUAGAUGGUAUUGAUUCAUGUGAUUUUUAGAUAUUAUUGCACUUACAUAUUGAGGUUGGAUUAAACAGUACGUUAGGUAUGCUAGAGUUGGGUGUGUGGGAAUCAAAAUGCAAGUCAGUGUUGCAUUGUAUGUUGCAAGUGGACUCUGGCUUUCUCUGCAGCUCAGAACAUGGUUCCUGUUUCCUAUCCACAUGAUAAAGAAAUAAUACUGUAGCUAUGCUACCUGUUGUAAGAAAUGUAAUAGUUUACUCCACAUCUCUAUCACUUAUGUAGACUAAGGGGUUUAUUUACAGGAAGGGAAAAUGUUUCCAGUAUGGCUACUAAACAUGAUGCUUCAUUCUACCUUCACUCCUGAAGACAAUAUGCUUCUGAAUACCUGGUCCUGGAAACUGAAGGAGGGGUGAUUCCCGUCUUAGUGAUUCCCACAAACAUCUGGUUGGCCACUGUGUGAGAACAGGGUAUGGACUAGAUUAGAUUCUGGCCCAAUUCAACAAGGCUUCUCCUAUGUUCUUUCUACUGUAAAAUUGAUCUAAUCUUGGUUCUUCCGGGUCAUCCAGAAAAGUGACUGACAAGUCACACCUCCCAUUCCUUCAAGUCUUGCUUGCCAUGGGUAGGCAAACUAAGGCCUGGGGGCCAGAUUCGGCCCAAUCGCCUUCUAAAUCCGGCCCACGGAUGGUCCGGGAACCAGUGUGUUUUUACAUGAGUAGAAAGUGUCCUUUUACAGUAUUUAAAAUGCAUCUCUGGGUUAUUUGUGGGGCAAAGGAAUUCGUUCAUGUCUCUCUCUCUUCAAAAUAUAGUCCAGCCCCCCCCCCCAAGGUCUGAGGGACAGUGGACCGGCCCCCUGCUGAAAAAGUUUGCUGACCCCUGGUGCUAAGCCAUAGCAAAGCAUCAUUAUUAACUGAGCCAUAAGACACAUUUAGGUUUAGUCAGCAAACAUUAUUUCAGUGCAUCUGCAUUAGCACUGAGGUGACAGUUUAAGGCUGCGAUCCUACACGCACUUACCUGGAAAGAAGUCCUAUUGAGCUCAGUGAUGCUUACUUCUCAGUACAGAUGUAUAAGGCUGUGUUGCAAGAUCUCCUGUUUGCCUAAUGUUUUCUUUAUGGUUGUAUUAGUCAUACUCAGAGGAGACCCAUUGGAAUUAAUAGACACAAAUAAUUCAGGAUCAUUAUUUCAGCAGGUCUACUCUGCAUAGAAUUUAGCUGGACACAAAAUUUAGUCUCAGAAACAGUGGGUAUAAUGUAUCUACGCCCGUUUCCAGGAACAUUUCAAUAGGUAUCCUCUGGUUGCUUCCUGAUUGAUUUAUGAUGACACAAUACAUCGCAGAAAUCAGUCCACAGAUCCUAGUCUGUUAUUUAACAUCUUUUUAAAAAAAUAAUAAGCUGCAAAGUGGAUUUCUAUUUGAUUUUACAGAAACUGGAUCAAAGCCACAUUUAUUUUCAUGAAGCAUUCCCAAAAGUUGAAAGCUAUAUGACAGCCUCUUUGGUUAUUUAAAUGAUGGAAAGGUAUCGUUAGUGUGCAUGAGACACUUCUAUGCCUUUUUAUAGAACAACAUUGGGAAGAUGAGACGGAAAGGAAAGUAUUAGGUCCGACAGUGGAGGCAGACCAUUGCAUUCCCUCUAAGCAUCCCAAUUUCCUAGGGACAUUUAUUUUAUCAAGAAUAUAUAAUUAAACAACAUUCAAAAAAUAAAGGAAAAACAAUACAAUUGAAUAAAAAUUUAACAUACCCACACCCCAAAAAAAUGAAAUACAAAUUUGGGUUGUUUCAUUCACAAUCCCUGGGAAUUAUUAUUAUUAUUGGUGUUGGAGGGUAGUAAUAUUUUUGCAAAGAUUUGCUUUAUUUAUAAAUAUCCUUGAGAUCUUAUUACAUUCUCACUUGAAGCUGAAAUGUUCUGAAGAAUUCUACAUAGUAGCAUAUUUCACAAGAGGCAUUUGAACAUUGUCAUCAUUAUUUAUAUGCAGUAUAAAGUAAGUUUUUCAACAUAGCUAAAAAUGAAUCUUUAUUUUUUUUUGUCCCCUAGUAUACCUUAAUUUUUGAGCCCAUCCCUGCAAUAGUUCCAGACCUGAUUUGACUAUACCACAAAUUGUUAUUUAACCCCCUAAAUAUUUCCGUUUACUUACAGUAACCAUCUCGGCAGCUGACACUAAAUAUCAAAUCGAUUCUUUGUCCAGUAAAUCUUCAUUUGGCAUGGUCCCCUUUCCACAGUAAUGCUAUAAGGAUAAUAAGAAUAAGAAUAAGAAUAAGAAUAAGAAUUUAUUUAUUAUUUAUACCCCUCCCAUUUGGCUGGGUUUCCCCAGCCACUCUGGGCGGCUCCCAACAGAAUAUUUAAAACACAAUAAUAAAACAUCAAACAUUAAAAACUUCCCUAAACAGGGUUGCUAAUGAAGGGAUUGCUAUGAAUCCCUAACUUAAUUUCUAGGAAUACCAUCUUGGUAUUCAACUUGCAUGGGGUGGAACCCUGGACUUUAAAAGCCUACUGGUCCCCCCCCCCAUCUUUUCAUUUUCUUCUCAGUGACAGUCACCUUAGGGCUAGUGAUGCAGUGAUGCAGGGACUGUUGUGGUGUAGCGGUUAAGAGCUGUAGUCUCGUAAUCUGGUGAACCGGGUUUGCUUCCCCGCUCCUCCACAUGUACCUUCUGGGUGACUGUGAUAGCCUGGGAAUCUGAUUCAGAAUCUGAACCUGAGGAGUCCCAGCCUGCACAGGAGUCCCCGCCUCCAGGGCCGGCUGAGCCGGGGCAGGGGCUUGAAUCUGAAGGACCUGCACCUGUGCCGGAUCCUCAGGAGCAGACACCAGAUGUAUCCACUCUGGCUCCAGAGGUGAUGGAGGGCCCAUUGCCUGCAGGUGCGCCUCUCCCAGCACUGUCAGGAGAAGGUGAAGCUGCCCCUGGGUCCAAUAACCCUCCAGCCUCUCCUGAGCUGCAGAGGCUCAGGGCAGAGAGGCGGAGGGAACUAAGUUCUCUGAGGAGGAGUGCUCGCCUUAAGGCCAGGAGAGGCGGGUCUCCUGGGGGCCGGGACCGUCCCUGGCCUCCGAGGAAAUAAAGGCCAGUCAGCCCAGUCCCAGGUUGUGGGAGCAACGUCGUUGGAAACCUGUUUCUGCCAGCACCCAGACCUGCUCUUCCAGAGUUCCUGACCACGCCUGGCUUCUUGCUUUGGACCCCGCCUUGCCCUUGGUGGACAUUCUCUAGACCCUCGACCCAGGACCGGACUCUGACCACGCCUCCCGGUAACCUCCCCCCGGGACCAGCACAGGUGACCUUGGGCCAGUCACACUUCUCUGAAGUCUCUCAGCCCCACUCACCUCACAGAGUGUUUGUUCUGGGGGAGGAAGGGAAAUGAGAAUGUUAGCUGCUUUGAGACUCCUUCGGGUAAUGAUAAAGCGGGAUAUCAAAUCCAAACUCCUCCUCCUCCUCCUCCUCCUCCUCCUCCUGUCUUGUCCCAUAGUCCAGGUGAGCCUAUCAGCGUGUAUGUACCUGCUGAUACCUGAUAUGACAGUGGCCUCGGAGUGGCGAGGAGGGAGUCAGGUGCCACAGAUGCAGGACAGACCAGCCCUGGAAGCAACACUCAGCCUGCUUGGGUGGUUCUGCUGUUAUGUUUGGGCCACAACAGGAUAGAUUUCCCAGUUUGGGGUUUUGUAAGUGGGAUUGGCCAGGGGCUGGAGAUGGAUGUGUGAGUGACUCAUGGUCUGGCCUGAAUCCAUGGCCUGAAGUGUUAAGUACAGUAACUGUAAAUACUUGUAGGUAUUUCUUUGUGUUUAAAUUUGAUCAGUUAGUAACUGAAUUCUAGAAUUCUAGAGAGUUCUCUAGCAGUUCUUAUGCGAUUGGCUCACGUUGGUCACAUGGGAGGUAUCUAGUGAAGGAGAGACUCCAUUUUAUGUGAAGCAAGAUGACUGUGUUUUAGAAUCCACUGUGAACGCUGCUAAGUUGAAUAGAGUGUCGGGAUGCUUCUUCUCUGCUUGAAAGAAAGAGAGUAAAGCUGCAAGACAAGGUAAAAGUGGAAAUCUCUCAUGGCCUAAUUGAGAUACAGAAGGCUGAGUGCUGAGCUCUGGAAAGGGAGGAAAAUACAGUUGUUUGGAAGUCAGAAGAAGAGACUGUAAACCUAUGCUUGGAGAAGCGUGUGACUGUAAAUAUUAUGUUUUAAUUCAUCCAUAAGUUUAAGUUUCUGCAAGCAAAGUUUUUGAAUGUUAAAAUCUGGACAUUGGUUUAAUUUCCAAAGAAGGGUGUCAGUCUUAGCUGCAAUUUCAACAUAAUGUGAAGAAUUUAUAUUUAUGAUUCACCCUUCCCCAGCAGAUCCUAGGGUGGGUUAAAACAAUUUAAAAAAUCAGAAUUAAAACAGAUUACAGUCGCAGGAAUAGGAUAGGUCCAGAAAACACGCAAGUUGGGUGUCAAAGGUCAGGUCAGAGAAGUGGGUCUCUUCAUCUAAAGGCCAUGUGUGUUCAGCCCUCAGGGAUGGGAUGUGUCACUUCAGCCCCUGCAAUUGGCAGGUCAUAUGAUGACCCCUGAGCCUAGGGCUUGCCGUUCAGAAGGUCGGCAGUUCGAAUCCCUGCAACGGGGUGAGCUCCCGUUGCUCGGUCCCUGCUCCUGCUAACUUAGCAGUUCGAAAGCACGUUAAAGUGCAAGUAGAUAAAUAGGUACUGCUUUGGCGGGAAGGUAAACAGCAUUUCCAUGCGCUGCUCUGGUUCGCCAGAAGCGGCUUAGUCAUGCUGGCCACAUGACCUGGAAGCUGUCUGCGGACAAAUGCCGGCUCUCUCAGCCUAUAGAGCGAGAUGAGCGCGCAACCCCAGAGUUGUCUGCGACUGGACCUAACGGUCAGGGGUACCUUUACCUUUACCUUUAUGAUGAUUCUAGAUUGACUGGGUCUCGUGUAGUAUGAUGAUCCUGCCCCUCUGCUUUUGCCUGUUCAACAGAGUACAGGCUUUGCCCAUGGACCUCAAGGUGUCAGGGACUGAACUCGGGUAUGGCUGCCCAGGACUCCAGUGCCCUGAAAGAAUUCUUCUUCACACACAAUUGUGUAUCUUCAAAAUGAAGUAUAGUUAUACAGUGAGGCUUGCAGCACUUCCAUUCUCCACCUCAUCCAUUUAUUAGGGCAGCAACAAGUGAUCGAUCAAUUAAAAAACCUACUGCUUGAAAUUAUUUUAUUAUUAAUGUCUAUAUCACCCUUCAUCUGAGGAUCACAGGGUGGUUUUUACAAAUUCUAUCUGAGGAUCACAGGGUGGUUUUUACAAAUUCGAUACCUGCUUAUUUGGUUGCACGCCUAUGUCCACUUAUGUGUGAGGAAACAUGUUUCAGUGUCGGGAUGCUGUCAGCAGCUCCUGGCUGGUCGCCCAGGAAAGCAUUAUUUCAAUCUUUACAGAGAGAGGUUAUAGAACUCAGCCUCUUGGAUAAUGGCGUUGUCCCGAGUGAAUCUCCACUCCCCUGUCUCUCCCACUUCCUUGUUCAUCAUCCUCAUCACCUCCUCUACCAGUGCUGCUAUGUGCCCUCUGUCUUUGAGCUCUUUGCUCUCCUACUUUUAAAGCUUGCUGGGUUCUGGGAGAUGGAGGGUCUGGAAUGCUUUCGAAUGACGUGUCAGCCAGGUGUUGCUCUGGCUCUCCUGCAAUUUCCCAACUUCCCCCCUCAUCUGCCUCUGUGCUGUGACCUCCCGCAAACCCCUGUUAUAAAUUUUACUGUCUUCCCCUUCCUCCUCCCUGGAAAGGUCAGGAUGGGGAGGCAGUCUCCACCAUUCCUCCUCUGCCCAGUCCCUGACAUCAAGAUUACAUUAAUUGAACAGUAAAUGGGCUAAAAUCAUGUCACAGGCUAAGGGUGUUGCAUUCUUUCUGUCCUGACUGCAACAUGCAUACCUCGCCCACCCAGCCCUGCCAUGAAAACACAGUAAAAUUACAACAUUUGAAUCAGUGGCUACAUCGAGAGCAAAAUGUUUUGCAUGAAAUUGUCUGUGGGUCUGAGUUUUCCACAUCCACAGAAAGCAUUGCGGUUUGAGUUCAGUGGCCUGAAUACUGCACUGUGCAGACAGAGCAAGAACCAGGAUAAAUUGUCUUAAUAAACUGUUCUUUUACUUGAUGGAACAACCAUAAUAAGCUUGUGACUUGUCAAUGCUGUAGCAGACAGGUCAAUAAUCUGCUUCCUAAUUCACUCAGAAUUAUAUUAGAUCACUCCAAAGAAAGCAUCUUAUUAUAGUUAAUCUUCAACAUUCAUCUUUAAUCUCCCACUUUCAUUAAAAUCAGAUGAUGGCCAAACUCGUGGGUAUGGUAGUGAUACCCUCUCUCCAUCUCACAUAGAAGAGAAGCAUAUUUUUAGAUUUAUGCCGGAUAAAACUAAAUCUCACCAUUCUCCUGUGACGAAGGCAAGGGAUACAAAGGGCUCUGCGAGGUGGAAUGUAAUGAUUUAUCAGAAUGUGAUGGCGCAGCUUCCAACUUAUUUUGCAGUGCAUCAUGAUGUGUUUUUUAUAUAAGAAAAUCAGGCAGAGCUGCGUGAAGAGUUGUGUGCUUUGAUGAUGCCAGACUCUGCUCUCCGUAAAGCCCCCUUGGUGCCGUUUCUGACUAUGCAAUUUCAUUUUAACAUUUUUUUGCGAAUUCCAAAUACGCUUAUUCAGAAGUUAGUCCUAUCAAGAGCAAAGGUAUUUGCUUACUGGUAAGUAUACUUAUGACUGCAUGUCUGUGCAGUCAGAUUUCUUAUUUAUUUGAUUUGAUGCUUGGCAAGCAGAUCUCUAAGGGGAGAAAAACCCACUUUGUAAAUAGAUUAUAUUUAUGUGGUUUGUUUGAGUUGUUCACGAACGAAAUGAAGAUUUGCAUAGAAAUCUGCUUCUUCACGUUGCUGCUGCUGCUGGGGAAACCUUCCUUUAUCUCGUCCUUGGGAUUUUCCCCAGGCCAGCCACCUCCGUGGAACAGAGUUUGCCCCCCAGCUUUCUUCCUAGUCUCUUUGAGUGCUUUUGCUUGGCUGAACUGUGGCAGUACCUUCUGCCUGCCUGGAUGGAGGUGUGUGUGCUGGAGAAAUUUAAAAAGGGGUUCCUCGACUGCAGGUAUCUCUCCUGGAACCCCAAAAUACAGUGGUACCUCGGGUUACAUACGCUUCAUGUUACAGACUCCGCUAACCCAGAAAUAGUGCUUCAGGUUAAGAACUUUGCUUCAGGAUGAGAACAGAAAUCGUGCUCUGGCGGCGUGACGGCAGCAGGAGGCCCCAUUAGCUAAAGUGGUGCUUCAGGUUAAGAACACUUUCAGGUUAAGAACGGACCUCCGGAAUGAAUUAAGUACUUAACCCGAGGUACCACUGUAAAAGGAUGCACGCUCCAAGUGAAAAGACAGGCCUUUAUUGAAAUACAAAUGUUCAUAGAGACAGCCUCAAAAAUGAGGAGGCUGUAAAGACCCACAUUCAAAGAAAUGCUUUGUAUACACUUCCAGAUUACACAUGUGAUUUCUGUUCACCUAUCAAAGGGUCACAGCAAUCUUAAUAGUUGCAACCCAAUGUCACCAACCUGAACCAAUCAAAAUCACUUAGUUCUUCAGAUCAGCCUGCAUCAGAUCGUGAUUAGGUAAAGGAAAAGGUAGCCCUGCCCGUUCGGGCCAGUCUUGCCAGACUCUAGGGUUGUGCGCUCAUCUCACUCUAUAGGCCAGGAGCCAGCGCUGUCCGCAGACACUUCCGGGUCACGUGGCCAGCGUGACGAAGCUACUCUGGCGAGCCAGAGCCGCACACGGAACACCGUUUACCUUCCCGCUAGUAAGCGGUCCCUAUUUAUCUACUUGCACCCGGGGGUGCUUUCGAACUGCUAGGUUGGCAGGCGCUGGGACCGGACGACGGGAGCGCACCCCGCCGCGGGGAUUCGAACCGCCGACCAUGCGAUCGGCAAGUCCUAGGCGCUGAGGUUUUACCCACAGCGCCACCCGCGUCCCGCCAGAUUGUGAUUACAUAUAAUCAUUUUUCAGUGUCUUUCCUUAUUAAGACUUUGACUAAUUUUCCUAUUCAUUAAAUGUCUCCAAAUAUCAUUUUUUUCAUCUAUCUACUAAACCGACUCGGAAGUGGGCAGCUGCGCAGUGCAGCGCCGGUAAGAGCGGGUGGCAGCAGCGGGCAGCGGGGGUUGCUGUGGGCCGGAUAAACGAGUCCCUCGGGCCUUAUCUGGCCCGCCGGCCUUAGUUUGGAGACCCCUGGAGUAGACUGUGGCUCUUGUGUCCUGCUUUGUGGGUUUAUUGUAGAAGAAGAAGAAGAGUUUGGAUUUGAUAUCCUGCUUUAUCACUACCCGAAGGAGUCUCAAAGCGGCUAACAUUCUCCUUUCCCUCCCCCCCCCACAACAAACACUCUGUGAGGUGAGUGGGGCUGAGAGACUUCAGAGAUGUGUGACUGGCCCAAGGUCACCCAGCAGCUGCAUGUAGGCAUCUGCUUGGCCACUGUGAGAAAGAGGAAGCUGGACAAAAUAAGCCUUUGCUCUGACCAAACAGGGCUCUUCUUGUGUUCUUAUCUACACACCUUGCCAUCAAACAAAUCUCAGCUGACGUCUCCGGCAGCACUUACCGGUAAUAAGAAGCACCCCAUUUCAAGAGACAUCGAAAAGUAAGAAAUUCUUGAAGUUGCUUUGUUCUUCAGUUCUUCCUUUUCUUCACACAGCGUGAUGGGGAAAAUGUUAAAUUAGCUGAUUUUUUUGAUUUUUUUUAAAGCUCACUAAGUCAUGGCAAUCCACUGUUUUGAAGACAUGCCAAAUGUAAUUAAACCAAGCUUGGAUGCUUUCAUAUCUAGCCAGAGCAAGUUUAUAUGGCUGUUGUUCCGAACUUCUUUUUAUUGAAGAAGUUCUUGUUGAGAAAUAACUGUAAUAACCAGGGUGUCAACUCAGCUGGCUCACUAAUAUUAUCCAGUAAGUACCAAAACUACAAGGUCAGGGCCCAAAUCAAAUCACCGUCCAGGGAGGCAGAUGUUGACAUAUCAUUAUUAAAAACCCCACUCUGAGGAAGUCAUUUCAGUGUUUUGCUAUGAGUCAGCAAGCGGCCAUCAACCUUCAGCGGCUUGACAGCCCACACUUCUAGAACUUUCUAGAGCUGAUUUAUGACUGCUAUGAAAGGAAACCUGCUCUGCACUUAUUGUCAUCUGGGAAGGGCAUAACUUUCCGCUGCUAAAACAUGGGUUGCGUUUGGGAAGAAAGGUUGAUUUCAAAGGUAACAUGUUCUGGCAAAAGAUGAUGUUGAGAAUAAAAACCUCCUCUAAGGUAACAUCAAGCAAUAGCGUUAAUAAAACAACUUCACUUCUUCGAUACAGCUUUUAUUUAACUAUCUAUUACAGCCAAUGCAACUAUGGGUUUGAAACUUUUGACCUUCGCGGAACUCGUCGUACGCUGACAUCUACUGAAGAAUCCCUGCACAAUUGCAUCCACAGGAUGGGGGAAUUUUGUAGGAUGCACACACUGCUAGGGCAGGGCAAACUUGCUUAGCCUCUGUCUUGCCAUAUGUGAACUGAAAUUUUACCUUACAGCCAGCAUCAUAUCAUUGUAAAUCACCUCCAACCGGGGGUAGGGGAGAUACUUGCUCCCCUUCAGGCUACCUCUCCAGCUAUUUAAUUUCUAUGGAACACUUUGGUCCAAGUUUCACAUAAACAUAUUGAAGCUUAGCCUACCUGGCUUGGGCAAAGAGGCAGGUCUGAGCAUGUUAGCAGUCCCUUUUUAUUUGCAGAAAUCCCAUCUUACGGAUGUAAAAUCUUGGGCUUAGUGAGGACUCGCAAAAGGAAAUCUCAGCCAAAAUUUGCAAUAUUAUUUACAGUUUUUAAAAUACAGUGGUACCUUGGGUUAAGAACUUAAUUCGUUCUGGAGGUCCAUUCUUAACCUGAAACUGUUUUUAACCUGAGGUACCACUUUAGCUAAAGGGGCCUCCCGCUGCCGCCACACGAUUUCUGUUCCCAUCCUGAAGCAAAGUUCUUAACCCAAGGUACUAUUUCUGGGUUAGCGGAGUCUGUAACCUGAAGUGUAUGUAACCCAAGGUACCACUGUAAUAUUGAAUGCACAGUGGAAUCCCAUGAAGCCCUUCUAAGCUCAGUGGGACGUACUCUCUACUAAAGGAGUGGCCCAGCUCCCCCCCCCCAUUGGCCAUCUCUUGAGGGGCCACAUGCUAACACUGGGAGUGGCCAAAGUCAGCCCAGAGCUGCUUCUCCCUCUUAAGAAUCUCAGCGGAGGAAGACAGAGAGAUGGCAAGUGGUGGUAGUGAUCUUAAGAGAGAGAGAGAGAACAAAUAUGCUGUUUCCUUCCAUGCCACCUGCACCAAACGAGGCUUGCAGCUCUGGCAUCACAGGCUGCCAACCUCUGCUCCAGGACGUAGUUUUAGGAUUGCAGCCUAAUCAAUGUCUUCUUUUUUAUUUUGAAAUAAAUCAGAGAGGGGGCACAACCCACGCCAUCCAUGUACAGCUUUGUGCAUGAAAAGAUCUCAGUGUAGUAUCUUUUUAAACUUCCAUCCCUCUUCUCAGCCCUGCACACUGGGCUGGAGGCGGGCGCGGACUCUGGUUUCUGCCGCUCAAGGCGGGCACCUCUCCUUGCCUCACCAGUGGGCUAGGCCAAUACAAAAACAUACAGGCUGUGUACACACCAUAUGUUUAAAGUGCAUGAUCAUGUCAGGAGUUCAGCCUACACUCAAGUAGGACCCUGGCAGAGACACAUGCCCAACUGGCACGUUCCCUCCCUCCUGGUCGAUCAUUUGGGAGCUUCAUAAGCUUUCUUCAGCCCGAAUAUCACAGCGACUGAUGCCAACCAACUACAGCACACUUAGGGAUCUGCAGAGUUUGCGCAUCAUGCAUAACAGACCUCAGUAACUCAGCAUUUUGGCUAAUCUACUUUAUUUACAUAUAAACACACACGGAGCACUGCAACAUGGCUCCCUCUCUCUAUAGCAUCAGACAGCAAAGAGAAAAGGAACAAAGGACAAUAGUCCCACUUCACGGAACACAGUAACACAAACGUCCUGUCUCCAUCACUUCCCACUCUGCGGAGUCAAAACAUAUACAGUCAUAUGAUAGACAACAAUCCUAUGUCUGCAAUCAUGGAGCAGGAAUUCUAACAGAUCAGUCAUGAGUCCAUUUGGGUUACUAAUCUGUGCUUUAAAAUAAAAUAAGUACAGAAAUUUGCAUUUAAAUACACAUACUACUUUAAACCGUCAUGGCUUCCUCCAAAGAUUCCUGGGGACUGCAGUUAAUUAAGAAUGCUGAGAGUUGUUUGGCUACCCCUGUUUCCCUUGGAGUAGUUUCGCAGCCAGGGAACUCUGGGAAUGGUAUAAUAGGAGAAGCUUGCAUUAAAUGCUGACAAAUUUGUACACAUCCUUAAAAUAAAGUUCACAAACUGGGGGGAAAAAAAAAAGAAGUGCGUGAGAAUCCUGGGAACUGUCCCUUACCCCUCACAGAGUUACAAUUCCCAGCACUGCUAACAAGCAACAGCACUCAGAAUUCUUUGGGAGAAUUUAUGCGUGUUUAAAUAGGCUUUAAAAGUAUGCUGUGUAUACAGCCAAAAACCCAUCCCACAGGUUUUUUUUGUGUGUUUGUGCAAUUAUUCCUCAAGGUCUCUGCUCCUCCUGAUGUCACAGCACCAUCCUUAAUCAGCGAGGAUGCAACCUCCUUCAGCAAACUCACAUUUGGCUUUUGAAAGUUCCUGUUGCUUAAUCACACAAAUCCACAGCUGUUCUCGAGAGCGUCAAGGUCUGGAGGGGAAGCAGCGAGGCCUCCGUCCCAUCCCUUGAUGCCGACUCCAUGCUUUUAAUUGCCAUCUGGGAAGGUGUUACUGAAAAAUUGUUUCUUAUUCAAAAAUUGGUGUGUCUCUCCCCCCCCCUUCUUCUUCAAAAUGAAAAAAAUAAUAAUAUGCUGACAAGUGCCAGAGCAGUAGGCGGGAAGCUGCAAAAAUGUGAGGGUGAAGAAAAGCUUUUUGCAGCGGCGCUGCCUCUACUACCUUUGAUUCUGAACAGCCCUUGAACUAGCAGGACUCUUUAGGCAGCGGUUUGCCCUGCCCAAGUAACUUUGUAACAUAGAGGAGAUCAAGAAAUCGUUUUGUAAAGCAGAGGAGACAAAGCGGAAUAACAAAGAGCCCUCUAGGCUGGCACCAUAAAGAUUUUUAUUUUAUUUUAUUUUUAAAAAGAUUGCACCAUCAGCUUUACUGUGGCACCUGUGGUUCAGAAAUGAAGCAAUGUUUCAGAAAUUCCCGAUCCAAAUCUUGCCUCUGCCAUGUAUCUGCUCAGCUACCAAUGCACAGGAUGAUGGCGGUAAUCCUACUUUUCAGGUGGGAUUUACAAGAAGAUAAGGAUGAUGAAGCCUAACUCUUCUGAAGCACUUCUUGAAAUGCUAAAUAUUGCCACGGGCUAAAUGAAUAAAUAGAAGUGGGGUCUUCUAAAUGUGUCCCUUCCAUGUAUGGGUUACCUGAGCAUGGUUUUUAACUGGGAAUGCGAUCCAGCCUCAGCUUGACCUCUCACCAGCGCUAGUAACAUUGGGCUGCAUCAUGAGACUCCCAUAACCUACUUUUGCAGCGCACGCACCCCGGUCCACUUUAAUAGGUAUUACAGUGAGCUACACCAAAGGGUUGUCGUAUUCUCCUCUUGGCCCAUACUGAAACAUGGGGAUGAAGGCAAUGCAUAUAUUGCAAGACUGUUGCAAAUGACUUUCUGAGCUUCAUGCUACCCGUGAGCCCACAAUAGAAGUCCAAUACCUUUGCACAGCAUUCCAGGUCUGACAUACGGUGAUCAAUGUGGUCCUCUCCCAGCCACAGCCCCUUCAAACCUGCAGUAAGGACACAAUGAACUGCGUAUGCUUUGGAAUGUUUUAACAUAGCAGAAUGAGUUGGCAGAGUUGGGAAAAGUAGAAGUUCUUUUCUUCGCUGCUCCCUUUUGGGAAUUUUUUUGGGUGUGGGGGUGUUGACAUGCCAUUGCCAGCUGCAUCAAAACCUUGGCUUUCCCCAUGGAUUUCUAUGGGCAGCUCUCACUUCAGUCCCAGGGAAUUUUGAAAUAGCUUCUCAGCUGAGCCAGGAAAGGAUCUGUGCAGAUAAUGAGAUCAUUCCCUCCGUUAUGGAGGGACAGGAGGAAAGGUAAGCGAAAUGGACUAAAGAACAACAAAAAAGGCAAAAGUUAGAACUGUCCGCCUUUAACCCUCCUCCUCGCUCACUGCUCCUUGCCUUUUCCCUCAGCUAGCUUCUCCUGCCAGCCGAUGGGGUGGCAUUUUGAAGUGACACAGGUUGCCAAAGCCAUGCCCUCUUUGUGCCGGUCAUUUUCCGCCAGCGCUCCCUCCCCAUAGCUUCUCUUUUCCAACUCACAACUUGCCAGUGGCUGCUUGGGGGUUUCCCUACUGUCUAGGGUUGAGCUUGGUUUUCCUAUUUAAAAAAAAAGAAAUUGCGCUUCUGCAAAUCUUCACAUUCCCUCAACCCUAGUGAUACCUUCCUCUUAUGUGUUGGCCACAUACCAAUCAGCACAUACCUUUGAACUUUAGAAACAGAGAAAAUUAUGCUAAGCAGCAGAGUUUUUCCCCAGUUAGUACAGUUAUCAACUGUGUGAGUGACUUUUAACUGUGAGAGCAGCAAGUGUGCUGUGCUAUAGGUAAACUUCGUUGGAUUGGUCGCGUCCUGAUUAUCAUCUUCCAAAGCAACUACUCUAUUCCAAAUUUAAAAAUGGGAAGCGUCAUGCUGGUGGUCAACAUAAGAGCUUUAAAGACUCUCUCAAGGCAAAUCUAAAUAAACACUGACAAUUGGGAAACACUGGCCUGCGAGCUCUCCAACUGGAGAACAGCCUUUACCAAAGGUGUCAUGGGCUUUGAAAAUAUUCGAACUCAGGAUGAAAGGGAGAAAUGUGCUAAGAGGAAGGCACAUUUGGCAAACCCUCACCAUGAUCAACUCCUGCCCAGAAACCUAUGUCCCCACUGUGGAAGGAUGUGUUGAUCCAGAAUUGACCUCCACAGUCACUUAGGACUCACUGUUAAGCCCGUGUUCAUGGAAGACAAUCUUACUCGGCUACGAGUGAUCGCCAAAGCAGAAGUUGUGCUAUACCUGCCUCAGAGCCAGUCUGUAAAUACUGUAUCAGUCAGUCUCAGAUGCAAAUUCAUGUAAAUAUAUUUCAGUAACGUAAGUAUCACCUGCCUCUCUUGUACAUUCAAUCUGACAAGAUUUACAGCAAGUAAAAGUCAUGUUUUUUAAAAAAAACGUUAAAAGCAUGUGUUGCAUGGUUUUUCUAGGAGAAAAGAGAAAUAUUAAAAAGGGGUCAACUUCCGCACAACUCUGUAAAGUAUAAUUAUCACAAUAAACGCACCACAGUCUCUGCUGCCCCUCAUUCCAAGGAAACAGAACCCCAGAGAUCUCACUCUGCUCGGAGAUUGGGGUGGCAUGCAACAAUAUAGAUGUAAAUAAAACAAUUUGUCACAAAGACAUAAGCUUCCAGUGACCUCCCUUCCAAGGAAGCCAGAGUAUGCAUUGAGAUUCCUGGGAAUUCUGACCACUUGAUGGCUGGGCUGCGUGUGACCAGAUAACACAUGCCCAUUGAGUCUGCUUUGUACUCCUGCUCAGAGUAUGCUUGAGGCAGCUGUCCCAUUGCUCCCCCCAUCAUGCUGGUGGUUAUGGUUGUCCAGGAAGUUAUUUCAUCUCGUAGUGUUAGCUUGAGACAGUUCACAGUUUGCCCUCUUUCUGCAAGAUUGGCCCUUUAUAAAUUCUCAGCAUCAGUGCAAGAUUCAGCAUCAUAAAGGUGAAAGCUACAACACUCAGUGUUUGUUGCAGGCAUUAGCCCAAAGAUUCCUGUAACGACAUCUCUAUAUAAGUGAUAACCAUGUUAGAAGUAUCUGAUGGUGACAAAAUUUUCAGAAUCAAAGGUAUGGAGAUAAUUAGGACUCUGGUUAAUCAUUCUUCAUUCCCCCCCCCUUCAAUGAAAUGAGAUUCACACAGAUUAAUUACUACCUGCUAUAAAUAAACUCUGAGAAUGGCAAUCUGCAUAGCAGAGGCAGAGGGUAACUGUCAUUUAAUAUAUCACAGCUUUUCAUGCACCUGUUCUCUCUAUGCUGUUACCAUGGAAACCCCACUUUUAUAAGAGAAGCCCUGGAUAAUUAGCAUGGAUCGAGGUCUAUAUCAAUCAGAAUAAUUUGGAGGAAUACAAGGAACCCAAAGGAGCAGGCAAAAACUACUUUGUCUCAGUGAGAAGAUAUCAGAUCACUGCUGUGUAGUAAAUCGCAGGAGAGCAGGAGGCCAAGAGGUCUGGUGGUAACAGACUUAAUACAACCCCCCCUCCCCUGAUUAAAAAAAAAUAAAAACCAUAAAAAUAACCUUCCUUUGAAAAUAGCAAGGCAGGAUGGGUAACCACUUUGGGGCCAGAUAUCACAUUGUUGGGGGCUGUAUUCAAGUAGAGGGUGGAGCCAGACCCAACCAUCAGUCAACACACAAUCACACAAGGCUGUUUCCUAUGGAAACAGAGGCAUAUCUUGAAUUCUUAGUAAGGCCACUUAAGUUUCACCGAUCAUUUUCUUUACUUUCUUUUUACAAAUGUUAUAAAAAUGCUGCUCAACACCUUAUAUCUUUCCUGAUUGUGCAGAAGGCAAAAACAAAACCCUCCAGUAAUUCCAACAGAAUAAUGCAGCAAUACAACUUCCAUCCCUGAUCACUAGCUAUCCUUGCUGGGACCAAUGACAACAUCUGGAAGGCCAAAGGUUCCCAAUGCCUGAUUUAAAGCAAACUUCAAAAUGCAGUUGCAUCCAGAAAAUGGAAUUCGUGCAGUUGCAAAAUUUGUGGAAUGCUUUUUGUAUAUUUGCAAGAAUCAGAACUCUGUUGAGAUUUUUCCUCCUCUGUUUUGAAGCUGAUGGAAACUAUGGAUCUCCUCCCCCCGCAAAUGUACAUAAGCACAUACACACACAAUUUUGAAUACAAAUUAUUUUACUGCAUUGGAUAAAUCUAUUCCCCCUUCCCCCACCAAGUUCAUGGACCCUUUGAAAAUUCAGUGCAAUAAAAACAUACAAACAACAUAACACAGCAAACAAAAAUGCCCUGUACACCAAAUUUCGUCAAACCCUCCAAGUGUCCCUAUUUUCCAGGGGUAUCCCUGAUUUAGAGAAGCCAUCCCGGUUUCUGAUUUUAUCCUGGAAUGUCCCACUUUUCCUUAGGAUGUCCCUGUUUUCAUUGGAGAAAUGUUGGAGGGUAUGGAGUUAUCUGACCCCGGAGCCGUUUGAAGGCAAUCCUGUAUAGGGAAGUUUUUUUUUAAUUAAAUAAUGUUUAAUGUUUUAUUAUGCUUUUAUAUUUGUUGGAAGCUGCCCAGAGUAGCUG